CUUCUAACUUAAUCAUGUUUAGAUUUUCAUAUUGUAGAGAAUUAGUGAAGUUUUCACUUUAUUUACAUAGAAAAUAAGGCUGCACUCGUGAAGGUGUGUCUAUUACAAGGAGUUUAAUUCAUAUCGUAACUUAUAAAGAGCAACCAAUUAAUAUAGUUGUUUGUAUAGCUGAGGGCUGGACGAAUACAAACUCUAUUCCAAUGUUUACUAGGAAAAAACUUACUUCAUUUUCUUACUUUUGUGAAUUGAAUUUCGAAUCUUUGUUAUAUUAACAGAUGAUAACAUAUAGUGUCGAGUGACAAUUUAUAAGGAUGCGAAAAAGUUAACAUAUGAUUAUAAUAUUUCAUAAACAGCUGCCUGGAUUAACUAUUUUACAAGAUCAUCAGAACUAAAGAUGAAGACACUUGUUAUAAAUUUAGUAUUUACCCUGUUCUCAUUCUGUACAGCCUAUGGUCCACCUACUUUAGCACAUCCGUAUAAAAGACGCCAAGUUGUGGAUGUAAAUACUACAAAAAAACUAUUGUGUCCCGUGGAAGCUAAUCCUCCAGCGUUGAAUCAGUGGUAUAAAGACGGAGAUGACGUCAACGGAAUAUGGGAUAAAUUCAAGAUUUUAUCUGAUGGAUCUUUACGUAUAACGGACAUUACAAUGGAGGAUGCUGGGAACUAUUUGUGUAAAGCUGUGAAUGGUUUCGGCAGCUACUCUGUGAAUUACACAUUAAUUGUAAAAGAUGAAUCUACAGGCAUGGUUAAACAAGACAAUAAUCUGUAUCCCAAGUCAGAUAGCGAAGACUUAUCCAAAGAUGGAGCUUCUCCACAUUUUGUUCACAAAGACAAGAUGAAAAGACAACAUUUCGCUAGACCAGUUUCCAGUUCUGUGAGAUUCAAGUGUAAAGCGACAGGAAACCCAAUUCCACAUAUAGCUUGGUUAAAAGACAAUGAAGUUAUCAAUAAUCAUGGGAAGAAACCCAUGUGGACAUUAAAAUUACUGGAACUGACCAAAGCUCAUUCUGGGAAGUAUACAUGUCUAGUGAACAACCGACUUGGGUCCAUUAAUUAUACAUACACAUUGGACGUUAUAGAACAAUACCAGGAAAAACCAGAAUUAAUUGGUCCUCAUCCAUUAAACACAACAGUAGAUUAUGGCCAGCAGGCAUCUUUACAAUGUAAAGUCAAAAGUUUAAUAGAGCCACACAUUCAGUGGUUGAAACUCCUUGAGAAUGCAAAAGUAGAGAAUAACCAGUCAACUAUCAAAGUAGGAAAAGAAUUAUUUGUUGUUUUAAAAACUGGUGAUGUUUAUUCCAUUCCUAACGGGACAUUCCUCAAUAAACUAGUGAUAAAUCGGGCCACAGAGGAACACAAUGGAAUGUACAUUUGUUUAGGAGCUAACAUUAGAGGAUACACCUUUAAAAAGGCCUAUUUAAAUGUUAGACCAAAUCCAGCAUUAUCAGAAAUGACCUCUGAUACCUCAAGUUCAUCGCUACCUCUUACGAUAGGUGUGCCUACAUGUUUCGCAUUAAUUGCUGUGACAAUUGCUAUAACUCUCCUACAUAGAAGGAAAAAAACUAAUAAUUCAUCAAACAUUAAUAAAGGACCACGAUUCAAUGCAGUUCCUACAACGGAGACUGAAUCGUUUCCUUCAAUGCACUCUAACCAUCCUACGAACUUACAUGUGAACCCAAUGCACGGGGUACCACAUCCGAACUUAUAUCCUGGUCUGCCUAACAGCCAGUACACUGGUAUAUCUAAUAACCAAAUGUUCCCAUCGAGUAUGGGCUCAUCUAAAAAUCAUAGUAUUGACUUCUAUACAGACAUUUCAUCAGUAUCUCAGAAGCAGCAUCACCAUCAUCAUCAUAACACACCACAGUUCUCAUCGUCGCAGUAUUCGUCAUAGCCAAAGAGAGACAAAUUUAAUUACAGAAUACCUCAGACUUUAUUAAUAGCCAGUUAAUCGAGAAAAGAUCAAGAAAUUUUAUUCUGUAUUUUACAUGUUAGUGAAUGUUCUGUUAUGAUAUUGAACUGUUUUUAGUUUGUUAAUGAAUGGGAAGGGAGGGAACUGUGUUUGACUUUUUACUUUUUCAAAAUUUUUGGUAUUAUAUUUAUCAGUGGUCAAUUGUCUUGUCAAAAUUAAUUAAAAAAACUGUAAGUUCCAAAACUCUGUUAGUAUUUUAUGUCAAGUACAUUGAUGUUUGUGAUUAAAUCUUCUAUUUUUUGGUUCAGAUGCAAAAAUGGGAUUUAGUACAGAGUAAAAUUUCUGGAGAAAACCAGUUGAUUUAUAGAAAUAGUGACUAAAUAUUUUUGUCAUUUACUGCAAUACAAUUUUUUGUUAUGUAAAUACCUUUUUAUAAAAGAAUUUAUACUUAUUUGUAGCAAGAAGUGCUUUUUGUUGAUUCUGUUAGUUGUGUAUAUAGUUUAUGUGAUUUAAUAUAUAAUUUAAUUUCAUUCCUAAAGAUUUUCUUUCACCAAAGAGGAAUUCUUCUUAUUAUUUUAUUAAUAUAAUUUCUGUAUAGAAGAAUUUCAGAUACUUAAAAAAAAAAUAUUUGAAAUUCAGCUGAUUCAAAGGAAUCUCUUUUUUGUCCUUUAAUUUUCAGAAACAGCAGUUGUUUCAUUUAAAAUUAAAAAAAUCAAUGUUAUAUGAUAAUUUUUGUUUUCUCUUUUGUUAAAGAUAUUUUUUUAUUUCUGAAAUAUUGUGUGUAAGUGUUCAGUAAUUAGUAUUAAAAUUUGAAUUGAAAGCUCUUUGAAAAAAAGCAGGUUGGACAAUUUUCUGCCAUGUUAAUACAUUUGAAUUCAAUAAGAGAAUCUAUGUGCAUAUAUGAUCAGUGGGUUAGUGGGGUUAUAUACAGUUAGACCAAAUGUUAUUACAAUUUUAUUACAAAGAUGAUUUGAAAUCAGUUGUAAACUUUGAUUUAAAGACUUAAAACAUGGUGAUCACUUUUUACUCUUUUUUUUCUACUUUUAUAUUAGUACGAAGACCACCAUUCAUGAAACAAAAUGUAUUUUGUGAUAUUUAUUUUAUGCCAAAACGCGGAGAUAUGUUUUGUAUAUGUUGUAUUUGUAAAUAGUUUGUACAGUAGAGGUGUAUCUUUGGUGCUGUAUUUUAGGCAGUGAAGCCAAAAUAUGUAUAGAACCUAGUCAACAUAGCUAAUAUACAGUAUUUGAGACAUAUCAACCAAAGUCUUUAUCACAAGAAAUGCUUUAUAAUUUUUUUCUUUAUAAGAAUUUUUCCUUGAUGAGUAGGUUGCUUGAAUUUUCCAGUACCAAUUUAACUGUUUAAGAACAGAUAACUAUUUUCUUACGUCUAUGCAGACUUUUUGUGAAUAAUUUAAAUAGUUUUUUUUGUUGAAAAAGUGAAGCUUUGUUUCACAAAUAGUUAAGAUAGGUAGCCAUAUUCUACAAAUUUACUACAUUAUCAAACCUUGUUAAAUCAGAAACUUGUCUGAAAAAAAAGUGCUUAAACCAGAAUCCAAACUUAACCUUUCAAGAAAAUUAUAUGAAUAUAUGAAGGAAUAAAAUCUAAUGCAAUCAAAGUUUUCUGUCCUAGAAUAGCCUCUGAAUUUGAAAUAAUGCUAUUAGUUUAAUUGAAUCUUGAACAAACAAAAAUCUUUUUCUUGGAUUUAUUUAAACUCACACCAAAUAUUUUCUCUAGUUAAAUAUUCUGAUAUUGAUACUGGAGAAAGCAAGCACCUACUCCAUCAAAUGUGUGCCAGUGGGCAUUUCUUUGGAUUUGUAAAUUUUCAUGAACAUUUGUAUAUAGAGAGACAUUUUCCAUGCUUUUUUGUUGAACAGAUAGUUAAAACGAAGUUGCAAUAGAUAAUACUGCGUCAUGUGAUUAUUUAUUUUAGUUUCAUAUUUUGAUACGGUAGAAUGAUUUGUGAGAGAAUGAGAAAGAUGACUGUAAAAAGAAUGUAUGAAUCUUGGAUAUUGACUGUGAUGGGUGAUAGUUGAAGAAAAAUGGAAGCUGGGUGAUUGAAAGUUGUUGAGAAGAAUGUCUGUGACCAGUGAUUUAAAAGAGGUUGUAUUAAAGUAUUCCUUUCAUUGCUGAUAGAUAUAUUUUUUUCAUAAAGGAAGUCAAUGCCUUUGACAUCCCUGACAUUUUAAGGAGUUAUAGCCUAUCUUUGUAGGUUUUAAACGAUUUUUGGCAAUUUUUCACAGAAUUUAGAACAAAAUUUUUAUUCAAAAUUUGAUUUGACCUCUCAAGUUCAUGAUACUCACCUUUUGAUUUGCCUUGAACAUUGAAUAUUGUCAAAUAAAAGAACAAAGAAUUUAUCAGAUAAAAAUUCUCAUUGAAAUCUAACACAAAAAAAAACUCACUUUAACAUAAAUAGAGCUCAACUCAUUUAAAGAGGGAUUUUUUCUCAUAGUUUUUUAUCGAAAAGCAAACAAAUCUACUAUCACAGAAAAGUUUAACGUUUGUAAUUUAUUUUAAAUAUCCUUAAUUUCUAUUAUGAAUUAAUAUUGAAAUAUUUAGACUUAUUGUUCCUUUAUAUUGAAAGUGAUAUAUCACUGCAUUGAUAAUACUUAUGAAUAAUUGUUUUGAAAGAAUAAGAGAAUAUGUUUAUGAAUGAUUGUGUGAUACCUGAAAGAUUUUCUAUGACUGUGUGAUACCUGCAUGAGUUCUGAAUGAUCUUCUAUAUUGUUGCUGUCUACUCUUUUGUUUUUGAUAAAAGUCAACCAAAGAAAGUUGACAUAUUUGUUAUGCCUUCAAAAUAAAUAGUAAAACAAAA